AUGGCCAACGCGUUUACCCACAUAUGGGCCUUCCGAAUUGUCUGCCUCUCCGAACUCAAGAGAUUCAUUACGCAUCUUCCUAGCCAUGGCCAAGAACAGCCAAUCUGGAUCGGGCAGCUUGAUAUAAACUACGAUGAUAUUCAGGCCCAGAUCGUCGCAUUUGCGAAAAAUAUAUCUCUGAGUAUGGUCUACCUCCUACAAGAGGAGAUGGGACUUUUUGGGCCGACAUCUACCAUUUUCCCACUCCGGAUAGCAUAUCAAGUAUACAAGUCACUUGGCUCUGGGCAGCAGGCUGACAUUGCCUACCUUGAGGGAAUCGUUGAGCAACUCGAUCAAAAGGGCCUGAAGUCUGCCAGAGCUCUUGUAUUUGAUGGCUUAAUGCAAAUAUAA